AUGACUAAAGCAUCUGAUUUUAAAAUUGAAAAAACUCGCACGAUACGGUUUUGCUGUGCUGGCUAUGAAGGGAAUAUUUCCAUAAAUGAUACAGUCUGUAAGCCAGUAUGUCGUGGUGGUUGCGGUCGUGGAUUUUGCGCUAUGCCCGAUAUCUGCAGUUGCGAGGCAGGUUAUACUGGAAAGCAUUGUACUCAACGAUGUGAUCAUGAUCAUUGGGGAAAUGAGUGCAAAAAUGAAUGUGAGUGCCAAAAUGGAGCAGCUUGUGACAACAAAUCCGGAAUGUGUCAUUGUACUAUUGGAUGGUCAGGAGAUUUUUGUGAAUUGCCCUGCCCAAUUGGCACAUAUGGUGUUAUGUGUCGCAAAGUAUGCGAUUGUCCCGAUAAACGUUGUCAUCCGCAAAAUGGAGAUUGUGAUACUCUUAGCACAAAUGUAGCACCAAAUGCUACACAUGCGAUGAUUGAAACUCUAAACUCAACAAUUGUUAACAUAACGCAUAAUUUGGAUAGCAUUGCCAAGAGCAUUGGCAAUAUAGUAACUAGCAGCACUGAAGCAACACCGCUGAUUGAAUCCAAUUUACCAGAAGAAACAUCUGCUAAAUCCAUGCCUGAAGUUAUUGUCAUUAAGCAAGAUGAAACACACACACCCAAAAUAAUUGUGCAUCCAUCGAGUAAUGCAGCUGUACAAUCUCCAGAAGUAAUACAUGUAAUAUCACCUGAUUUAGCCAGUUUAGCCGGGGUCUCCGGAAAUACAGAAACAAAAUUGCACGAAACACACAAAACAACCACCGAACAUGAUACAAUUAUGUUAAUGUCAAUCUUAAUUAUUUUGCUAAUAAUUAUAAUAGCUAUUGCUAUAGUAUUCUUGUACUUCUAUCGCCGCUAUCACUGGCAAAAGGAACAUGUUGAAGCCGCCUUAGCCGCACGUCAAUCCACGCAUGUUGCUAAAAACGAUGUACCCACGCUGAACGAGACAAGCAUAACAAGUAAAAAUUUUUUAAAACCUUUACCCGACUUGCCGGCUUUCACACAAAUGGUACGCAAUAAAAUCGAGGGUCCCGAUUAUUAUGACCCACCGAGCAGUAAUUCGUCCACUAAGGCACCAUCUUAUACUUACGCGCGCAAAGAAUCACUUUAUUCUGUAGUCGCACCAAAGUCGCGUAAAGGUAGCCCAGAUUCGCAUUUAUAUGACGAAAUACGAUAUCAUCAAUCCGCACAGCAUAACCAACAGCUACAGCUAACACCACUAAGCGGGCAUUAUGAUGUGCACCAGCAACCUAUUCCCCAUCACGUUUCACAUUUGGUAAUACCACCAACCAAAAGUCCGCAAUAUCUGCAAGUACCAGGGAUGUCAUAUGCAUCGCACAAAGUUGCGCUUAUCUUAGUAGCAGUUAAAUCGAAUCAGGAAUCCGAGUUCAAAGAUCAACCAAGUACGCCAAUUCCUGCGUCUGUUCAUGCAGUUCAGAAACCAAACGACUCAUCUAAAGCAUACGCCGGAUUUAAGGAAAGGGCACAAGAAUUAGACGAAAAAAGAUCAAAGUCUUCUCGAGAACAGAUUGAGUUUCAAAUGGAUAGCCACGUUAGUACGUUGCAGUGGUGCAAACAUUAUAGUCGCAGAUAUAGUGGCGUACGUGUCAGCCGCUGCGUCAUGGGGAAGGGCUAUGGCGCUGGUACUGCGACAAUUAUCAGAAAACGCUAUAGCGCUGAUACUACGGCAGUCAUCGGGGAGGGUUAUGACGUUGGUGUUACGAUAGUCACCGGGGACGAUUAUGGCACUGAUACUACAGCAGUCAUCGGGGAGGGUUAUGACGCUGUUGUUACGGCAGUUACCGGAGACGAUUAUAGCACUGAUACUACAGCAGUCAUCGGGGAGGAUUGUGACGCUGGUGUUACGGCAAUCAUUGGGGAGGGCUAUGACGCUGGUGCUGCUGAAAUCAUUUGGGAAUGGUAUGGCGCAGGGUGUGGCGCUGGUACUGCAACUUUUAUCGGGGAAGGCUAUGGCGUUGAUACUGCUGCAGUCAUUUGGGAAGGGUAUGUCGCUGGUACCACGACAGUCAUCGGGGAGGACACUAUUACUGCUGCAUUCACGUGGGAAGACUAUGGCACAGAUAUUGCUACAGUCAUUCAGGAAGAAUAUAGCGCUGGUACUGUUACAGUCAUUCGGGAAGGGUAUGACGCUGGUACUACGGCACUCAUCAUUACUCAGUCGUCGGAGAAGGCUGUGGUGCUGCUGACAACCACGACAAUGUUUUCGAAACCCACAACAGUAUUGAAAUUGUUCAGCAUCAUUUUAGCACACUAUCUAAUGGAAGUGACAAGUUUGGAAAAUAAACUAAUAUUUGGUGACAUUUUCGAAGAUUCCGUACGUAGUCUGUCACUACAGAAUAAGCGUUAUGAACAUUUAUGCCGACGUGAAACGCCGGCGAUAUUUUUUCAAACGCAGAAAAAUGAACUCGUACGAGGCAAUGGUUCCACUAUUUACUAUCAUCUCAUUGAUGUGUGCUGUGAGGGCUAUAUACGAUCUAAACGUAAUUUACAAAAAUGUGUACCGGACUGUUCGGCGGUCUCUCCCAAUAAUUGUCACAAUGGCUUUUGUCGCGCACCAAACAAUUGCGUUUGCUUCGAUGAAUUCGUACGCAACGAUAUUGGAGAGUGUGUGCACACUUGCCCCAUAAGCUGUCAACAUGGACGUUGCUACUUAAAUGGUACAUGUGCUUGUAAUCCUGGGUUUCAGCUAGACACUCAAACACGUAAGUUCUGUAGACCCACUUGUACUGUGCCAUGUGGCAAUCAUCAAAUAUGCACUGCCAGCAAUAUGUGUGUUUGCAAGGAUGGCUAUAAAAUGUCUGAUAGUUUGGGUUGUCAGCCGAUUUGUACUCCAGAUUGUGGUCAUGGCAAAUGCGUAGGACCAAAUAAGUGUGAAUGCUUUCCGGGAUAUAUGAAACGAUAUCAACGCAACGUCUGUGAAGCUGACUGCGAUCUUAAAUGCGAGAAUGGUUUUUGUGAAUCUCGGUACAAAUGUCAAUGUCGAGAUGGCUACAAAUAUGACAGCAAUACAACUAGUUGCCUUCCGGACUGUAAAGAUGAGUGCCAAAAUGGAGUUUGCGUGGCACCUGGUGUUUGUAAGUGCUUUGAAGGAUAUACACUCAGCGGCAGCACUUGUAUACCAGUGUGCAAAGGUGGAUGUGGUCUUUAUGGAAAAUGUUUUGAACCAAAUAUAUGUGGUUGUGGAUCGCCUGCACAACUAUGCAUUUUCGGUACUUGUACAGCUAAAGGAACGUGUGUAUGUUCUAAAGGCUUGACCAGAUUCAUUGACAAAUGUGUUGAAUUUACAAACGUUGAAGGCCUGCUAAAUAAUUAUGAGCAAAGGGAAUAUUAUAACCAGCAACUUACAUAUCAAUUUGAAGGGCUAAUUGGUAGAAUGUUUAAAUAUUAAGGAAAUGACUUUAAAAUAUACUCUGCGUAAGCAUCUGCAAAAUGAACUGAAUUACUCUGUUACCUUGUUAAAUUAUAUGUAUUAACAUUUUCAAUAAGAAUUUAUGGAACAAUAAAUCUCAUUGCUUCAAAAAUGCUA